AUGCACCCGGUGUUCCCGAACCUCUCCAAGUUACUCGCCUCUCGUAGCACAGGUUGCUUGCCUCAUCUUUUGCUUCACGGACUGCGCAACUUCGCCUUCGGCCUUCCCUCCCACACCUUUGGCAGCACCAUCUCGCUCUUAAUUUCUUCGCUACCCGUCCAUUGCUUUCCGCCGACAUCGACAAGCAGCAGCCAAAAGCCCAUACAAGACUCGGUGAUGGAGGAAAGAAGACACCCGCUCUUUGUCCGCUUCUUCGAAAACCAGCACUUUCAGGUCGCAAAUGGGCCGGGAUACCAUGUCGUAAGCCUCUAUGAUUCUGACACGAGACGUACCGUCCUUGUCGAAGUGCCAAACGAAUGGGGAUGGGAGGUUCCGGACGUUGAGGAUCCGGAAUUUUGGGUCCCGUUGCAGAAGGCAACGGCCGCCUUGGCCGAGCACCUCGACAACCUUCCACACGGCACGAGCCGUGUCAAAGUCGACCAGGCUAGGAGCGUCGUGUCCUUCGAUACUGAUGCAGAACGCGACGACACGUUCGGUACCGAGUAUCCUCUUCUCACAGACUAUCAGCUGCCACCACCCAUCUCGAGCAGGACGGUCCUCCGGUCCGAGCUUACCGAGAUCCGUCGUAUCUGUAGGGGGGUCGACCUCGUCUCAUACCCGCCAUCGCUAUCUCCUCCCCAGAUGGGGCAGGACAGGAACUGUUUCGUUUUCAAGUAUCAGCCUGAGGACGCCGUUAUUAUGUGGAAGGAGAUCCAGAUGCUCGCGAGACUCCCUCCGCACCCCAAUCUCGUACUCCUCGACCGACUUGUCCUCGACGAGGCGGCUAUGACGCAGGUUGUCGGCUUCACCAUGCGAUAUAUCCCCAGCAAGACGCUCGAGGCACAUCGACCACCCUUCAAGCUCAAAUGGCUAAAGCAGUUAAUGCAGAUCGUGGACGACCUGAACCUCAAGCAUGGUAUCAUCCACCAGGAUAUCCUUGAUCGCAACCUCAUCAUCGACCCGGACACCGACUCGAUCAUGUUGAUGGACUUCAACGUGGCCUACCGGGUUGGGGUUGGGGUCACCAAGCGCCGGGGGUCGGCCGAGGAGGCGGAGUGGGCGGGGAGAGAUGACGUGAAGGGCGUUUUGGUCUUCCUCUACGAGUACAUCACAAGGGACCCGGCUCUCGCAGCAGGCUUCUACGACCUGAGCGAGGUCGACGAGAGACCAUUGAUCGACCCGGCCAAGUGGGUCAAACACCCGAGCGUGGAGCUCGACGAGGUGGCCGAAUUCUACUUUGAGCUGAUGGCCUGGGUGCGUCGCCGCCGCGCCGCUGGUGGUGGCGGCCAGCUGACGCAUUACACCGAGGCGCCAGAACCCCUCGAGUGGCCCAGCGUCAAGGAGCUGGAGAAGCAGGGGCGAUUCACCCGGUAUCGGGUUGCGGCACGGCGCAGCGCCGAGCUUCCAUACCUUAGCUGGAGGCGGCCACCGUCAUCCAAGCUCGACCCGGCCCACCGCCUGCUCGCCACGGGGCGGUAUGCCGGCGAAGAGGAGGAGGCCGCGCAGAAAGCAAUGGCCAAGGCCAUCGCCGUCUCCCGCGAUAACCCCCUCCGAAAGCUGCCGCCCAUCGGCAGGAUAGUGUCGAGCGACGAUCUCCCGCCCAUCAUCAUUCCGGAGGAGCCUAAUCAUGACCAAGAAGAAAUGGGAGCCAGUUGCAAUGUAGCAGGAGCCAGUACCACCAAGGCCGGCGAGAAGUUGGAAGCCGGCACCACCAAGGCUAAAUCCGGUGCCAAGGUCAAGGUCAAAGCUGCUGCUACCGGGCCUGGCCCGCGUGUGCUGCGGGCCCGACCCAAGGGAAAAAGAGAGCGUGAUCGCGAUGGCGAUGGCCAGGCUGGCGUGGUUGCCACUCCCAACAGCAAAGCGGCCAAGAAAAGAAAGCGCUCGGGAUACUCGGCGAAAGACUGA